AUGAGCGGCAACCAAGCGCCCCUCCGGGCCGCCGACUGCGCAUCCGCAGGCACGGCCUACCCACCUAUCUCCACGCCCACCAUCUUGCCACCCAGCAAUCCUUGCAUAUAUGGUUAUACCUCAGGCGCCCUCCAUACUACCUACACGCUUCCCUACAACCUCACUACUGUCCUACCACACAUCUCCUCCUUCGGUAACAUCGACUGGACCGGCCAGAUCGACCCGGACACCUCCUCCGUCGCGCUCAACGGCACCGACAACGAACCCGGCACCGCACGCGCCUACACGCUCGCCGACGGCGCUAGACUGGUCGAGACACUUCUCAGCUACUCUUCGUCGCCGGCCGACCAAGGCACCUCAUCUUCCGGCUCCUCCGCCGCGCAGCUCGUCGAAGUCCACAGCAUCGCCCACCUGUACCAGCCGCUGGACCGAGACGCCACCAACGUCAGCCUGACGUCCGACUCGGUCGAGUACGCCGCGCCCAACGGGACCUUCGGCUUCUACGCGGCGCGCGACGCCAUGCGCGUGGCCGGCGCGUGCGGAAGCAGCAGCGGCAGCAGUAGCGCGGGUCAGGCGGCCGCCGCCACAACGUUUGACUUUUCGGCCGACUUCUGCGCGACUGAUGCCGACGCUGCUGCUCGUUGGUUCCGCGCGCGCCAUCUCAACGCCAUGGCCACGCUGGGUCGCAUGCUGGGUGGCGCAGGCGAGAACGUGACGGACUGCGCGAGCCUGGAGGCUGCCGGAGGUGGGGACGGCGGAAGUGCCGGGAGUGCGGCUGAGUCGUCGCCAAGUAGCGCGGCGAGCCAUCAGCAGAUCAGGAUGAGCAUGGGGACGGCUGUGAGCUUGGUUUUGGCGGCUUGCAUGGCGUUUGCGGCGUUGAUGGCGUGA